AUGAAGGGUUUUCAUCAAAGAGAUCAACAGGAUACAAAUAGCUCCAAGUCGAUGGAGACGAAGAGGAGGAAGAACAUGAAGAGAUUGGGAGGCAGUGGUCUCUCUCUCGAAACUUUUGCGAACUUGAAAUCGAAAAACAAUCACUAUAACCCUGCUUUGAUCAAAAAGCAAAAAGAAUUCUACAAGAAUGCAAAGUAUGUGAGCAAGUUUAAGAAGUCGAUGAAGCAGCAGAACUCUCAUGGAAAGAACGAGACUGGAGAGAGUAGCAAGCAGGAGUUUCAUGAAAAGAAUGAGACUGGAGAGAGUAGCAAGGUAGAUGAUGAUAAGCAGAAGGGUAAAUCUAACAAGAGAAUCGGUGUGGAGGAUGUGUACAAGCAGACACGAGAAGAGAUGGAGAAAGCGAGGAUGGAGAGAGAAGCUGCGUUUCAGGCGAAGAAGCAAGCCAGGGAAGAAGCUGAAGCCAGGAGGAAAGCAGCAAGAGGGAAGAUGCUGAAAAAGACUCGACAUGGUCAGCCUGUAAUGAAAUACAGAAUUGAGCAUCUUCUUGAAUCCAUCAAGAAAACUGCUGCAAACAAUGGAAACAGAACCGCAUGA